UUUAAAGAUGCUAGUGUGGCCCCACUGGAUUCUUCUCAAAUACUUCCCUUUCCCUUCUUCAUGUCCUUGUGACUUCUCGAGUACUGGUUUUAAAUGUCCUUGAUCUGACUCAGUCUUUAGGCUUGGCAGAAGCCUGGCAUAGCGCAGAGAAGGCUUCUUUCCUGUAGUAUGUUCCUAUAUAGAAAGCUACCUUGCCUUUUCAAUAGUAAGUAAUGGGCAUAGCACACUAUGGUGGUAACUACACCACAACAAAGCAAUCAGCUUCUCACCAAGGGGAAAGUAUUAGAUUUCUCUACUUAGAUGGCGUGUAGUCAUUGUCUAAUAAUAUGACCAUUUUGCCAUCCCUCUGCAAAUAAGGCUGUGGCUGCUGCCUGAUUGGUAUAUCAUCUCACUUUCUCUCAGCAUUGAUUUUCUUGCUCUCCUUAUUUGCUUCAUAAAAAGAGAGACAAGGAGCUGGUGCUCUCUCGACUGUGAGAAGCUUUUGGGUGCCUUGAUUUUUAGUAUGAGACAACCUUUGCUUUAUUUCAGGAGAAGGAAGUUGGAUUAUAAAUCCUUUUGUAAAUGUGUAUGGUGAUCUUUGCUCCGCUUUUUGCCAUCUUUGCAUUUGCAACAUGCGGUGGGUAUUCUGGAGGACUGCGCCUCAGUGUGGACUGUGCAAACAAGACAGAGAGUGACCUCAACAUUGACAUAGCCUUUGCCUAUCCUUUCAGGUUGCAUCAGGUGAACUUCGAUGCGCCCACCUGUGAAGGCAAACGACGGGAAAAGCUGUUUCUAAUCGGGGACUUCUCUUCCUCAGCGGAGUUCUUCGUCACAAUCGCGGUCUUUGCCUUCCUCUACUCACUGGCAGCCACUGUGGUUUACAUCUUCUUCCAGAAUAAGUACCGUGAAAACAACCGGGGGCCUCUCAUUGACUUCAUCGUGACGGUGGUCUUCUCGUUCAUGUGGCUAGUGGGCUCCUCUGCUUGGGCCAAAGGACUGUCUGACCUCAAGGUUGCGACGGAUCCAGAUGAAGUGCUGUUACUGAUGUCCGCUUGCAAGCAGCAGACCAACAAAUGCAUGCUGGUGCACCGCCCAGUCAUGUCCAGCUUGAACACCUCGGUCGUCUUUGGAUUCUUGAACUUUAUUCUCUGGGCAGGCAACAUUUGGUUUGUUUUUAAGGAGACGGGCUGGCAUUCUUCAGGCAUGAGACACCCUCCAGACACCAUGGAGAAACAAUCGAGCAGCUUUAACCAAGGUGGCUAUAAUCAAGACAACUACGGGCCAACUGGUGGGUAUAACCAACCAGCCAGCUACGGCCAGGUGGGUGAAUACAGCCAGCAGCAAAGCUAUAGUCAGAGUGGGCCAACUUCAUUUGCCAAUCAAAUUUAGCAUCCUCAGAGUUUGCAUUUUUGCCUCCGUUCGAUGUAGACAGUUUAACAACACUAAGUUUCAGUGGCACCAGAUUUUUAAAGAGUUUAAAUAAGUUAACACAACAGAGUGUUUCAUGUAAUUCAAGAUCUAACAGCACCUAUUGAGGCAGAGGGGUGGUGGCUUGAGGGUUAUAUUUGGCUUUUUUUUGUGACUAGAUAACUGGUGACGAUGUAUUCAUCGCAGGUGGUGAUUUGGAGUAAGUAUUGUUGUAUGUAUUGUAUAGAUAAUUUUAUGGUAGUUUUGUAUGUGUAUUAAGAUGGUAGCAGCAUUUUGUAGCCUCAGAUCUGUAGUAUUUAAUAUGCAUAACAUAAUGAAGUAGAACUGAGUUUCCUCCUACAUUUUGGUGAAAAACAGAAGUGCUUUAUUACUAUUAUUUCAAACUGUUCCUCAGUAGAUCACAAUGCAUGUGGCAUUGUUCCGACGUUUCAAGACUGCCUGCCUGUGACCCUUUAAAGUAUUUGUUUUGAUUAUAUUUUUAUUUCAGAGAAUUUUAUUAUGAGUUAUUAUUUCAGUGAACUGAUUCACAUGUGAUUUAGUGCAUGAAUAAGCCGCUUCACACAACAGAAUGUUUUGGACUAUAUACCUGGAAGUUUCCAAUUUCUGCUACUACUUUUUGUUAAAUAUACGUUUAAAAAAAAAAGUAAGCAUAUUUUAUAUAUUUUGCAGAGUUGAAUAUAUGGCUUACCCGAGUUCUGAAUGCUUUGUAACUAAACUGUUUUUCCUUGAAAUGGCAUUCAGUAGUAUAUAUGGUAACUGGCCAGUGUUUAUUCCAUUUAACUAAGCUAAGUAUUCAUUCUAUACAUCACUAUUUCUAUUGAUGUUUUGUGACUCUUUUCAUGUGAGCUGUGAAAAAUAAGGACCAAGUAACUGUGUUAUAUGUUUACAAAGGUAUUUAUUUAAUUAAGCUAACAGAGGUGCAGAGAUCAGGACAUAAAACCAUGUGAAAAUAAGCCACGUUGUAUCCUACACAUAUUACAACAAAACAUGCCAAGCGCGUGUCUUGUUGGGAGGUAGUUUAUAAUGCUUAAUUAUUCCGUUAUCUCCACUGAGAGUAUUUCUGUGUUGUUUAAAGAUCAUGACAGUUGUGUCCAGGCAUUAUGAAGAAUGUUAGUUUGAGAAAAUAUAACAACGCUGACCAAAAACACAUCUGGAAGAUCUCCCCCUAAGAUGUAUAAAGCUAGCCCCACAGCUAUAGAUAACUGUUUCCUUGCUUGCUGUAUAGCACAUGGGAUACUGAACAGCAGAAAGACUCAUUUUUAUCCCUCCUUUCUUGCUCAAUUUGAAGUGAGCAGCAAAACACCCCAGUCAAAACUGAUCAUCUGCAUUUCUAAAUAAAAGUGUAUUGGUAUGUAAUAUCAUUGUAUCAGCUGUAAUGUUGAAAGCAUCUUAGCCUCCAGCAGCCUAGUCUCUUAUAUGAUCGUUGUAACCAAUUUAUGGCUACUUGGUAGAUGAAUCUAUAUUGUGAUAUCUAUUUGACCCUAAUAAAGUUAUUGCAUACAA